AUGACGACGACGACGAGUCAUGGUGGAGGGCGACGGUAUAGCCAUGGAUUUUUCGGCCGAAGAGACAUCGUCGUCCUUCUCUUCGCCUUCGAGAUGGGUGGUCUAGUAAUUAGUGGCCUACCAAGUCCUACUGUUCAGCAGCCACGACCAUUUUUCAGCAGCCUCACCAUUUCCCAAGUUGCAGACAUAGCCACUCAUGACACCAGGGUCAAGGUUGAGCUCUCUGAGUCGGCCAAGGCUGGGGUCAAGGCCAGCAGUGAUUGGGUCAUGGACAGCAUGGAUUCUUCUCUGUUUGUCAAAUAUGUUGAAAAUACAGUUGUGAUCCUUCUGCUUUAUGUGGAUGAUAUAAUCAUCACUGGGAGUGCUACAACUUCAAUUCCACAGAUUUCCAAGACUACCAGUGGAUUGUUUCUGUCCCAAACUAAAUACAUUCAUGAUUUGUUAGUGAAGACUGAAAUGCUUGAAGCAAAGGCCUGUGACACACCAUGCCUUCCAUAUAAUCGCCUUCUUAAAGAUGAUGGUGAUCCUUAUGCUAAUCCUAGUGCUUAUAGGAGUAUUGUGGGAGCUUUACAAUAUCUUACUUUCACUAGGCCUGACAUUGCAUUUUCAGUGCAUCGGGUAUGCCAAUUUAUGCAUAAACCUAUGUUAGCUCAUUAUAUUACUGUAAAACGAAUUCUCAAGUACUUAAAAGGUACUAUGAAUGUGGGUGUUACCUAUACUCGAGGAGAUCUUCACCUCAAGGCCUUUAGUGAUACAGAUUGGGCAGGAGAUCCCAAUGACAGACGGUCCACUACGGGGUUGGUUGUGUUAUUAGGUUCAAAUCCCAUAUCUUGGUCCUCAAAGAAACAAAACAUUGUAUCUAGAUCAUCUACUAAAGUAGAAUAUAGAGCUCUUUCUUCCACUUAUGCAGAAUUGGACUGGAUUAAGCAACUGCUUGCAUUUCUGCAUAUUCCCGUGACUAUAUUUCCAGUCCUUUUGUGA